AUUCUAUCAUAAUUCUAUUUCGUAAACAGAUUUUUAUUGCUUUCUUGAUCAAUCUUUCAACUAUUGGCAUCAUUUUUCGUUGUGGACUUCAAAAUGGACCUAAAUUUUGUGCAAGCUGAUAACAGCAAUCUACCUAAGGUUGACGCAUUAAUGGUAGCAUUUUUCUUCAAAAAUAAUGCGGACUACUAUGCUGCGGAACUCAAACAUGUGAAAACAACAAUGUCUGGAAGGGAGUCCUACGGAGACGAUGCAAUUGGCUAUGUGCAGCUGCACCGGGAGCAUGGACUUUGCACACUUAAGUGCAAAAUGUGCCCAGAGCACAAAGUGAGAUCAAAAGCUUAUAAUGUGACAAUGGUUAUCAACGAAAAUGAAAGCGAGAUAAUAAGUUGUCAGUGCCAUGACUGUGCUGCUUCAGCAGGAGGCUGCAACAUGCAGUCGCUUUUUUGAUGUGGGUACAUCGGCGCAGUGAGGAACCUCCAUCUACUUCGGUGGAAUGUUAUUGGAAAAAGCCAACAUUGUCAAGAAGUACAUCACGGUGCAGCAGAUGUCGAAAAAGGAAGUACCGCACAGACCAAGUACAUCAGCACUUUACACAGACUUUAUUUUGGAAGCCAAAAAAAGAAAACUUCAACACUGUGAAUUGAUAAAAUAUCAGGACG